AAGGGGGCGGGGAGUCUCCCCUGUUGUUAUGGCUGUGCGCUGGCGGCGUCUCCCCGUCCAACCAACAUGGCUACGGGAGGCAGCGGCACCACCGGCUCCACUCUCCUGCUGCCCCUCAGCGAGGCGAUCAAUCUCUCUAUUGAUCAGGUGAAUUUUGUAGUGUGCCAGUUGUUUGCUUUGCUUGCAAGUGUAUGGUUUCGACUUUAUCUUCACCCAACUAAAACUAGCAGCUAUGUCAGGCAUGCUGUUGCUACACUUCUUGGACUUUACCUUGCAUUGUUCUGCUUUGGGUGGUAUGCCUUGCAUUUUGUUGUGCAGAGUGCAAUUUCUUACUACAUCAUGAUCAUUGUUGGAGCAGGGCACAUGCAAAAGUUUUGUUUUGUCAUUGCUUUUGGGUACCUCACUUUGUGCCAAGUUAGCAGAGUAUAUCUCUUUGACUAUGGACAGUAUUCAGCUGAUUUUACUGGUCCGAUGAUGAUAAUUACGCAGAAGAUAACCAGUCUGGCCUUUGAAAUUCAUGAUGGAAUGGCAAGAAAAGAAGAGCAUCUGACACCGGUUCAAAAAUCCUUAGCUGUUCGAACCAUGCCAAGUCUACUGGAAUACUUAAGCUACAACUGUAAUUUCAUGGGUAUCCUAGCAGGUCCAUUAUAUACAUAUAAAGACUAUUUGGCUUUCAUUGAAGGCAGGACAUUGCAUGUGAAGUGCACAGAAGUAAAUGGAAAAGUAAAUGGACAAUGUGGAAAAAGUGAACCUUCACCUGUGGUACCUGUUCUGCACAAGCUCUUUGUUUGUGGGAUUGCUUUGUCCUUUCAUCUGACAGUUACUAAAGCAUUUCCAGUGGAAUACAAUAUUGACGAAACCUUUGUGACUACAGCUUCCUUGACUAGUCGAGUGUUUUACCUGUAUUUUUCAUUAUUAGCAGCUAGGCCAAAGUAUUAUUUUGCUUGGAAUCUUGCUGAUGCUAUCAACAAUGCUGCAGGAUUUGGCUUCAAUGGCUAUGACGAUAAAGGCAAUGCUCGUUGGGACUUGAUUUCAAAUUUAAAUAUUGUUAACAUUGAGUUUGCAACAAGCUUUAAAAUGUUCAUUGACAAUUGGAACAUACAGACAGCGCUGUGGUUUAAGAGAGUUUGCUAUGACCGCUGCCAUUACUAUCCAACAGCAGCAACAUUUGUACUCUCUGCAAUGUGGCAUGGAGUGUAUCCAGGAUAUUACAUGACAUUUUUAACAGGAAUACCAAUGACAUUAGCAGCCCGUGCAAUCAGAAACAACGUUCGAUCCUACUUUCUGAAAUCACCAGCUGUCAAGUUGUAUUAUGAUGUCAUAACCUGGAUUGCAACAAUGAUAGCAAUAAGUUACACAGUUGUGCCAUUUGUUUUGCUGUCGGUCGAGUCAUCACUAAAGUUUUACAGAUCUUGGUAUUACAGUCUCCAUAUUGUUGCCCUGUUGGUCAUAUUUGUAUUGCCAAUGAAGCCUAGAAGAAAAGAAAAUGAACAGAAUCACUCAAAGCAGAAACGGAUAGAAGUGGAAAAUGUGUUGACAACGAACAGUCAUUCUGCAAUGAAUAACAACUUGAACCAGAUACCAAGACCAUCGUGAACACCAAGUGCAUUUGAAGGGGAAGUUAGGACUGCAAUUAAACUUAUUACCUUCGUUAACCACUGACAGCAUAUUAAAGAGGGCAUUGUGCUGUUGGACACAUGCAAAGUAUUCUGAAGCAACAACCUAGUAUAUAAUUUUUUUUUUGAAAGGCAGCACAGAAGCAACUAAAAGAAAAGUGGAGGAGUAAAGGAAGUAAUAUGUGAUCAGCUGCACGACGCUGACCAUAACUGGUUGGAAUUGAUCGCUACUAUGCACACUACUUCAGUCUAGAGAUUAUUGGUUUUCUUUACCUUUUUAUGGAAUUGUUGCCUUUGAGAGGUUAUUGUAACCACACUUUUUAGAUAAGCCAUGAAGUUGUACUAUAUGAAGUCAUCUACAGUCAGUCCCACUAGAAUCUUUUGUACAAACCAAAAUUGUAUGUGAUCCCAGAUAUGGCGCUUUAUACUAGUUAAAAUAGCUAGAGGUGGAUACAUCUUGUUGACAAUGACUCAUUCUAAAGAGCUACUGCUUUCUGUGAAAAUUAACAUAACUUUAAUAUAAUGGGGUGAUCAAACUACUUGCUUCAUAUUUUUUUCCAUCUUGGGAAUUUGCAGGUUUUCUUGGUUGACCCUGUUUUGUUCUUUGUAUUCUUUUAUGAAUCAACUGACUGAAAAAUACUGUGAUCUUGUGUACUAUGUGAUUUUUAAAAAUUUACAUUUUGGUAAGAUUAAUUAGUUCCUUUUUAAAAUAAAGCUAGCUAUUUCCUCUCCCCUCUUCUUCCAGUUUUUAUUUUGGAAAGUUUGGAAAACCAUGUCUAAUUUAAGCCAUCUGACCCAGUAUUUACAGAACUGUUGCCAUGAUGAUGUGCAAAUCCAAAGUUGGGGCCUGAACUGACAUCCAGAGCAAAGGAUGCAAGAUUGUCUCUUUAAGAGAAUUAACUUGCUUAUUCGAUACCAGCUAAUAGUUAUGAGAACCUGUUGGGUCAAUCUGAAAGCAAGAUUUUUCUUAAAUUUAUUUUUUCAGUGCCUGGUCUGAACAUAUGUAGCAUUGUGGUUUCGAACUUAAAGCAUUGUGGCUUCAUAGGAUUUGCAGCACCCAGGACUUCCAAUGUAUUAGGUUUCAGGUACAUACACUGAUUGGCAAAGAUUGUGUUGAAUGGUACAAAGUAACAUAAAACUAACAGCAUCGAUUUCCUGACCAGAUAGUAUUGGUUUAAGUUUUAUCUGUUUCAUUGUAUUGAAUUGGAUCUAUCAAAUAGGACAAUGUCGAUUGCACUUCAGGGUAACAAUCUUUCGAUUGUCUUGUGUAAUUAUGUAAGUGACAUUGCUUAAUGGGGUUAUGCACUAUGUUCAGAGUAAAUGAAGCACUACGCACUGCAAUAAAUUAGACUCUUGUAAAAAUUGCAGUAUGCAACAUGCACAAGGUCAUUGAAAUUUUAGUUCCAAAAAUAACACGUGUAGAAUUUUCAUUCAUUAAAUUUUAGAUGACAGGUUUGGUUUUGUUUUAACUUGUAGGGACAUGGUUUGUCUUUCUGUAUUUAGUGUCCAAACUAUAAAUUGCACAUUGCGUUUUAAAAUGUACAUGCUUAGAAAUUGAGAAUUGAAGGGUUUCACUUGAAAUGUUAAGAAUUCCUUUCUAUUUAACUAUCAGGUUGAUUUUUGUCAGGAAUGUUUUCAGGAAGCUGUAAGAAACCAGUCUUCAACUUGCAGUGUUAGCAACAAAUUAGUUUUUAAUUCUAACCGGAUGCAUAUCAAUAAUCUGCAAUUACAUUGUGAUGCCUUUUUCUUUGUAAAUCACUUUUUUAUAGAAAUUACUUCUCUCUCUAAAAUUAAUUGCAAACAAAUACUGAAAAAUGUGUUGCUGGAAAAGUGCAGCAGGUCCGGCAGCAUCCAAGGAGCAGGAGAAUCGACGUUUCAGGCAUAAGCCCUUCUUCAGGAAAUCAAAAAAAUACUAUCAAUAACAGUCCAGCUUAUUUUAGUUUAUACAGGAGGACCACUAAGGUCAUUAUUGUUGUACAGCCUAUUGUUUCACAAAUGCAUACUAUUUGAUUUUCAUGUACUAAUUCUGGAGUCACAUAUGUAAACUUCUGAUUAUUCAAUAAUGCCUAUAGUUUGCACUGAUUCCAGUAACCACUUCUUCCUACUUGGCUUCACAAUAUUCUGUUGAUUGUCUGAUGUUCUUCAUGAUGAUAAUCUAACAUUCAUUUGUGCUUAAUUAUUUUUAAAUACAUAUAUUUCCAAACAGAGACCUGAGGAAUUUGUCUGCCCUUCCCAUAAAGAAUUUUCUUGCAUCUAAUAAUAUCUCUGCAAUAUUGUCCUCACUAACUUUACAAAAGCCAUGUUUCAACUGGGAAUGUGUUGAAUAGCAACUCUUUUUGUGUUUUGGCUGGGAUACGUGGACACAUAGAAAUUACAGUGCAUACGAGUCUGUAUCUGUGUAUGCUUCUGAGCAAAUGACGAGAAUCAUGUUUUUGUAUCCAUCUUGUUAAUUUCUUCAACUCACUUCCUUUUUACCUAUUUCAAAAUGUUGAGUUUUAGAUUCUGUUUAAACCAUUUAAUCCGAGAAGUCAAUUCCACAACCCCUCAUCUCUUUUUAUAAAUCCUCAUCUACCAAAUUUCUUACGUUUUAAUCCUGUAUCUUUGAUCUAUUGCUCUCAAUUUGUAAUAGCUUUUCACCAUCCGGUCCCAUCCUACAAGAAUUUUAAGCACUUUUAUCUUAUUACUUUGUAAUUUUCAUUAUCCCAGUGAAAAAAUACCGAAUUUUUCAAGUCUUUGUAUUUCCUCAUACUAAGCUAAUAUCCUAAUGAAUCUGUGCUACAUCUUCAGCAUUAGUAUCUCUUCCCAUUGCUCUAAGCCCAUCUGUCCUGCUUUCUUCCUGCUAAGCAAUCUUUAUUCUACAUUAUCCGUUCCAUAACUCAAACUUCUCAAACUUAGUGAGCUUAAAUGUAGUAUUUUGACAGAAGCUUUCCCAAACUGCACAUUCAUUACAUCCACUGGAUUUUCCCCAAAUUCCUACCUGUUAUCUUUUCAGUAUUCUGAAUGUUGUCAAGCGCUAACAUCCCUUUUUAAAAUCCCUAAUAGCUUUAGCUACUACUAUUAGCCAGAUACGUAGCAAUUUUAUCCUUGAACACUCUUGGCCUAUCCCUUUCACAGAUUGUGUUGACUCAUUUGGGCUUUUGCCCAAAAUGUCGAUUUUCCUGCUCCUCUGAUUAUGCCUGACCUGCUGUGCUUUUCCAACGCCACACUCUUGACUCUAAUCUCCAGUAUCUGCAGUCCUUACUUUCGCCUCAUUUUAUAGUUGUCCAAGUUAGCGCUAUCUGAUUUCUUCUUUGGGUAAUAUUUGGCUAGCCCCAACGCUGUGGCAUACAUUCAUGCUGAGAAGAACCUUGCUGUAUGAGAUAGCAGAUAUAGAAUGCAGCUCUCCAGUCAUGAACCUAUUCCUUAAUCCAUGCUCAAACAAUUAAUCCAUUUUUAUUUUUGUUUGAACAUUCAGCAGCAAUCUGUAAUUGAAUUAGUGUGAGAUCUGUAAUAUAAGUUGAAUGCAGGAUAGCAACAUUUUAAGCUAACGUAUCAGGACUUUUAAUCAUUAUGGUUUUAAAAAGUUUGGGAUAGUGGGGUAUUUUUGUUUCUCACUGAUUGCAAAAUUGACUUUCAUAAGAAGUUCAACAUUUAUGAGAAAAGGCUAGAAAAGAUACAAGAGAAUUGUGAAGUUAUUGCAGUCACUUUCAGCUUUAGUUUGGGAAAUGUCUUGUAAAUUCUAUUUAUAACACACAAUAUAGCAACAGGAUUUAAACAAAAAAGUCCACAUCAAAUAUUAUAUGCCCCAGUCAGUUAGCAUUGUCUUUCCUGAAUAGAUUGUUCAUGUUUUGAAUAGACUGUUGCCCUUCCCAGUCAUCCCAAUUGUAGUUGGGUUUUGCAUCAACUGGUUAAAUGGAGCAGAACAAUUGUUUUGGAUGCUCGGAUUUUUAACAGAAUUGAGUAACUAUAUGGAAAUAUUGGAAAAUAAACAUUGUCAUUUGAAUCCUUCGAUUUUACAUGUUUGUCAAUCAGUUUCAAAUGUUAAAACAAGCUUUUCAAUUUUUUUUAAUUGAGCAAGUAGAAGUCUCUAUUUUUAUUCUGGGAAUAAAUGGGAAAAUUAUUCUGAAUUGAUAUUGCUGACAUUAUAAAAUUUGAUCUCUUGGUAGCAUGCAGGUCCUGAAUAAUUAAAUUUAUCAUUGAAUUAUUGUCAACUACCACAGGUAGCCUCUAAUUAAGCUGGAUGUUUGCAGCUGUGAUGGGGGAAAUAGUAAGUUUAUUGAAGCUAGUUCACCUUUGGUGUAUUUGAAACAAAUUUAAGCACAAGUUUUUGUUAAAGAAAUAACUAUUGUCAGGCCAUAAAUAGGAUCACUUAAAAUAAGUUCUCUGUUUCAGAUAAAGUACAAUGAACAAUUGCAUAAUUAUGCAUUUAUUAAAUAUAUUAAAAUCUUGUUAAAUAUAUAAACCUCAAAUUUAAUCUCAAUUGGAAAUAAUAUUUAAAUUAUCACUAAGCAUCUCUACAUUUGAGAUUUAUCUCAACAGGGCUGGCCGAUAGUGAACAUCUGGUUCAAAGUAGAAGUUGAUGAAUGAAAUAAGACACCUUGUGGAAAAAGCCAAGAAUUGUAUUUCUCUAUAAAUAUGGAUAAACAGUAUUGUACAAACUUACGACAUAUCUGAUCUGUUUCUUAUGUUUAGCACUGGUUUCAAGGACAGCUUUUGAGAGGGUCAAACAUAAUCUUAGUUCUGUGUUUCAUGCUUUUCAGUUGCCUUUGUUUUAAUGCACUAGAUCUGGGUGACAUGGUUAUAAGACAAUGCAAAGUUAUGGUAGAGUUUUGUUCCAUCUACCUUUGCACUGUAAUGACUUUUUGGUUGUAUCAAGUUUACAAGUUACAAACAAAUUGUUCAAACUUUUCAAUGUAAUGCAUUGAAUUUAAAAAUUCAGUAAUACAAAUUCAUAUCAGUAUAGGAAAAUGGAAAACAAUUUGUCUUUUAAACAGAUAUCAGUAGGCAAGAUACUACAAGUAUUAGAAGAUAUUGAGGGUUUUUGAGAAGAAAGGGGAGUUGAAGAUUGUCAUAUCGAUCGUGAUUUCAUUGAAUUACAGAGUAGACUUGAUGGGUUGAAUGGCCGACUCUACUUCUAAGUCUUAAUGAUCUAAAUUCCGUCUGAUGGUCAUCUCUUCAAGAAGGAAAAAAAUGAAAACACAAUUCUGGAUCUCUUGUAAUUUGUUUUUAGAUUUGACCGCCACGAACUAACUUGGAUUGGUUUCAAAAAUGGUUUAAACAAAGAGAAAAAAGCCUUUUUAAAUGCAGACUUUUUUAAACAAUUUUAUUUUUCUAUUAAUACCACUUUAGAGGGAAUUAUAGCUGCUUUGUCCCUUUUGAAAUAAAUGUCUCGUAACUGUGUGUGCUUUUAAUCGUAUUAUGUGCUUGGAGUAAAUUAUAAUCACCAAAAUAUGCCUUUCCAAUUUUCACAAUGUCUGUUUUUAAUCCUUAGUAAAAUUAUUACAAUAUUUGAACUUUGUGUGAAAUAUUUUGUACUAUACACUACAGGGAAAAAGUUCUGCACUGAUGUCAUUCAAAAGAUUCUUCAGCUUUGUAUAGCAUGUAAGCUAUUUUUCAUUGUUUUGAUAUAUGAUGCCAGCUGUUUGAGUGAUUGUAACUUCAUAUAAGUUGUUUUGUUUGUGUGUUUAUCAAAAUGUGAUUAAAAUAAUUGCUAAGAA